CCCCCCUGGUUCCUCCCGAACCCAAGCAGCAACAGCCCACUCCCACCCCCCAGCUCUGAUGCUGAGUCCACCGCCGGUGCCACUGUUCCCCCGUGCCUCCCCUCUCCCAUCGCCGCCCAGAGCCUCAAACCCUAACGGCACUGACCCCACGACCGCCGCCGCAGGUGCCGGCAUGGGCGCGGCCGCUUGGUGGCGGCGCUCGCUGGGGCAGCGGUUCAACCCAGCCGGCGUGGCCGCGGUGGCGGCCGUCGCGGUGUCCGAGCCGCGCCUGGCGCUGCCGCACGUGUCCUUGCAGGAUAUCCGGUGGCUGGACUGGGGCGAGCUCCGGCGCGCCGGGUUCCGCGGCGUCGUCUUCGACAAGGACAACACCCUCACCGCGCCCUACGCGCCAGGGCUCUGGCCGCCGCUCGCCGCCGCGUUCGACCAGUGCCGCGCGGCCUUCCCGCCAGGCUCCCUUGCGGUGUACAGCAACUCCGCAGGGUUGAAACAGUAUGAUCCAGACGGAUUAGAGGCAGCGGUGAUCGAGGCUACCAUCCAGGGGGUUCAUGUUAUCAGGCAUGAUAUAAAGAAGCCUGGAGGAGAAGCUAAGGAAAUAGAGAGUUACUUUGGUUGUUCAGCCUCAAAUCUUGUUCUGGUUGGUGAUCGAUACUUUACUGAUGUUGUUUAUGGAAACAGGAAUGGAUUUUUUACUGUACUUACAGAACCAUUGAAUUUUGCAAAUGAAUCUUUUAUUGUCAGAAAGGUUAGGAAAUUUGAAACAUACAUUGUCAAUUAUUGGUACAGGAAAGGGCACAGACCAAUUAAGCACCCGUUGCUCCCUGAUGCUAGACAAAUUGUAAAGUUUGAUCCAUACAAAGACCCUAUGGCGCCUGGAGCAUAGCACAAUUAUGUUUCUUGCUCCAGUUAACAGUACACUCGGCUAACUAGUUCUGUUCGUUGUAUGCUUUUUCUGAAUCAGCAUGGGCAGAUGUUUGUAGUUUAUGUUGAACAGAUUAUAGAGAAGAGUAUGUUACGACUAAGCUCGUUUUUGGUCAGGUUGUAUGGUUCUUGACUUGUGUAAGACCCUGAUGGCUUUUCCUGGGUUCAGAUCAAGAGAGUUCAUUUCUUCUCUAAUUAUCUGCUGUGCCUGGACCCCUGGGCAUCGACUUCUGAUCCCAUCUGCUUGAUACAAGGUCAUAAACUGCUGUUAUGAAGACCUGGAAGUAAUCUAAUUAUGUUGUUCGAUACACAAAUAAUUUAGUUCUUU